CUGAUUAAUAACUAGUUACUGAGCCAAACCUAGAAAAUAAAAAAAUAAUCUGAGAAGUAGUAGUAGAAGAAGAAGAAGGUGGUAACUGGUUACCCCUAUCAAAAUAACAAUUAAUUGGUAACUAGUUACUUAGCCAAAUCUUAAAAAAAAAAAACUACAUCUGAAAAACAAAAUCAAAUAUGAAAAUAACCAAGAAGAAGAAGAUCGAAGAAGGUAACUGGUUACUUAGGUAGUUUUAUAAAGAAAACCAAAUCUGAAAAAUAAAAUUAGAUUUAAAAAUAACACAUGAAGAAGGAGAUUAAAUAAAGUAAUGGUUACAACUAGGUCCACAAAAAAACUCAGAUCUGAAAAAUAAAAUAAAAUUGUGACAGUGACUGGUUACUUAGGUAGUUUUAUAAAGAAAACCAGAUCUUAAAAAUAAAAUCAGAUUUAAAAACAACCAUGAAGAAGAAAAUUAAAUAAGGUAACUGGUUACAGCUAAGUCUACAAAAAACUCAGAUCUGAAAACAAAACAGAAUCAUGACAAUAGCUGAUUACUUAGACAGAUUUAGAAAAAAAAAAACCAGAUUUGUAAAAGAAAACCAGAUCUGAAAAGAAAAGAAAAAACAUAUCUAAAACAACAAAGAAGACGCAGAAGAACAUAAAGAAGAAGAAGAAGAAGAAGAAGAAGAAGAAGAAGAAUAACGUGAAAACGAAGAAGAAUGCGAAGAAGAAUAUGAAUCGGAGAUGGCGUUGGCGGUGACCGGAGAUACGUCGUCCAUUUGCCGGUGUGAGAGAGCUCCUUGUUGUGAGAGAAAAUGGUUGGCUGCCAUUGUUGUGAGAAAAAUAGAGAGAGCAAGUAAAUAAUACGUGAGAGAUGGAGAGAAAGAAGAAAGUAAGGGAGAUAGUGUGUGUAUUUUUUUUAUGGUAUUUUGUGGAAUUCUCAUAUUUUAAACUUUUUUUUUUUUUUUGCUAGAAUUACCAUAUUUAGUGGCCUAACUUUAAUACCCAUAAAUAUAGAAAGUAAUUUAUUUUUUCCCGUAUUUUUUUUUUUUUUUUUUUGUAAAGUUCUCUUAGAAAAAUCAAUGGCCCAAAUAAUAUAAUAAGACAUUAGUGCUCUGUUGUCGUUUUUCAUUUUGUAGCCGGCGUUUCAUUCCAUUUUUUUCUGUCGUUUUCUUAUUUUUUUGUCGUAGAAAGGAAGAAAUGAACAGCAAUACAGAAGAGAUGUGCAGAGCGGGUCGGAAUGGAGUCGUUCUGGUGGUUGAAGCUUCUUCUUCUUCUUCCUCCUCCUUCCGCCAACGUUCCUCUGCAAGUGGAUCUCACCCAGAAACUAUGAUAAAUGAACUAUCUUAGAACAAAUAAGAGAACCCAAUUACAUUUCUUAGUCUCGUUCAAAAUUUUCUCGCAACCCAAACAUCAUAUCCAUUUUCUCUCCACUUUCAAAGUAAGGAAUGGAGUUCCCAAUUUCCCAACCCAACUGGUUUACCCCAGUUACGUGAAUAAGAAUUUCACAACCGUCCAGUUGAGUCAAUCUCCACCAUGGGAUCAUCUUGGUUCCGGUGAUAUUGUCUCGUCAAAUAAGUUAAUUACGAACUACAUUCAAUUCGGGGAUUUGGGUUCUGCUCUUAAUGUGUUUGAGAGAAUGCCCGUGAAGACUACAGUUACGUGGAAUUCAAUCUUAGCCGGGUAUGCGAAGAAGCCUGGGAAAAUAAAAGAAGCCCAAGAACUGUUUGAUAGAAUCCCCGAACCAGACACUGUUUCGUAUAAUACUAUGUUGGUGUGUCAUCUGCACAAUUCUGGCGUUGAAUCCGCCAUGAGGUUCUUCAACAAGAUGUCUUUCAGGGAUUCGGCGUCUUGGAAUACGAUGAUAUCGGGUUUUAUACGAAAUGGGAAGAUGGAGAGGGCGCGGAAAUUGUUUCAUGAAAUGCCGGAGAAGAACAGUGUUUCGUGGAGUGCUAUCAUUUCAGGGUACGUGGAGUUUGGGGAUUUGGACUCUGCAAUUGAGUUUUUUGAGUUAGCACCUGUUAAGAGCGUUGUGGCGUGGACUGCCAUGGUUACUGGUUACAUGAAGUUUGGGAAGACUGAGUUAGCAGAGAAAAUGUUUCAACAUAUGCCCGUGAAGAAUGUAGUGACCUGGAAUACUAUGAUCUCAGGUUAUGUUGAGAAUGCUCGAGCAGAGGAAGGUUUGAAGCUUUUCCGGACAAUGAUUCGAUCUGGUGUUAAGCCAAAUUCAUCGAGUUUGAGCAGUGUAUUAUUAGCUUGCAGUAACAUAUCGACCCUGCAGAUGGGAAAGCAAGUACACCAGUUGAUUUAUAAAUCUCUGUUGUAUGAUGACACAACUGCGGGGACUUCAUUAAUCAGCAUGUAUUGUAAAUGCGGAGAUUUGAAGGAUGCUCUGACAUUGUUUCAUGAAAUUCCUAGAAAAGAUGUUGUUUCGUGGAAUGCAAUGAUUACCGGUUAUGCGCAGCAUGGAGCAGGUCAUGAAGCUCUCAGUCUGUUCAAUGAAAUGAAAAUCACAGGAACAAAGCCAGAUUGGAUCACUUUUGUAGCUGUCUUAUCAGCUUGCAACCAUUCAGGAUUAGUUGAUAUCGGUGUGCAAUAUUUUGACACAAUGGUAAGGGAUUAUGGAGUUGAACUUAAGCCAGAGCACUAUACAUGUAUGGUUGACCUCCUUGGCAGAGCCGGUAGGCUUCGUGAGGCUGUAAAUUUGAUAAAGAAAAUGCCAUUGAAACCCCAUCUAGCCAUUUUCGGAACCCUUCUGGGUGCUUGUAGGAUCCACAAGAACUUAGAGCUGGCCGAGUAUGCUGCAAAAAACCUCCUUUCUCUUGAUCCAUCAAGCGCAGCUGGCUACGUUCAACUUGCUAAUGUUUAUGCUGUAACAAGAAGAUGGGAUUGUGUUUCAAAAGUUUGGCGAUCAAUGAAAGAAAAUAAUGUAGUUAAGAUACCCGGAUAUAGUUGGAUUGAAGUAAAAAGUGAAAUUCAUGAGUUCAGAUCGGGAGACAGGCUUCAUCCUGAACUUGCCUGUAUACAUGAAAAACUAGUCCAGUUAGAUAAGAAAAUGAGGUUGGCAGGCUAUGUUCCGGAUCUUGAAUUUGCACUGCAUGAUGUGGGAAAGAAGCAGAAAGAGCAGCUUCUGUUAUGGCACAGUGAAAAGCUAGCAAUUGCAUUUGGCCUCCUCAGAUUGCCCGAGGGUAUUCCGAUUCGAGUAUUUAAGAACUUGAGAGUUUGUGGGGAUUGCCACCGGGCCACUAUGUUUAUCUCAGCCUUAGAAAGACGGGAAAUCAUUGUUCGAGAUACUACCCGAUUUCACCAUUUCAAGAAUGGGGUUUGCUCUUGUGGUGGCUACUGGUGAUUACUGAUUUAUCUAAUUAUAACUGAAAGUUCGAAUGCUACUUUAAUUGUAUCAAGAUUACCAAUUUACCUAGAACUAGUUACUUAGAUUCAUUUAGAGCAUGGUACAAGGAAACUUUUAACA